UACUUUAACAUACCAGUGGACAAGUUGCGGUCAGUGCUCAGUGGAUCUCACGUCACAACCAUUCGAAUGAUCCUCCUGUACUACAGCCAGAAGAAGGACAAUCUACAGCUUCCACAGAACUACCUGCCCACGCUGGCGUCAGUGCUUUUCCAGACACACCUGGCCACAGAUGGAACUCUGUUUUCAGACCUGGCAUCACUCUUGGCUCUGGCCAGUCCAGCGGACAUCAAGGCUCUGCCCCUGCUCCAGAACAACGCCAAAGUGCGAGAGACCAUAAACCUGUACCUGGACCAAAUGUCUCUGGAGCAGCGUAAUGCAUUUGGCGCCUGGCUUGGCACAGUGAUGCUCCCAAUCAACAUCACCAGAGGUCAACAAUCGCUCAUCAGGGACACCGGAAACCUGAUCACUUACCUGCCCUUCUACAACUUCCAACACCUCUCAGCUGCUCAGCUUAUGGAUGGGUUAGAUGUUCUACAGAAAAACACCCUGAGUCCCAUAAAACAAGAGUUCAUAGCACAGCGCCUCAUUGGGAUUUACAAAAACCUGACGGCUCAGGAUUUUAUCAGGCUUGGGCCUAUCAUAUGCAGAGCCGAUCCAGAAGACCUGAUUGUGUACAAAGGAACUGAGGCUUUUCCUGUUAUCCAAGACGCCAUCAGAAACUGCACCCGCGAUGGACUCAAUCUGCCCAGCUACUUGCUCUCUCGUUUGCUCCUAAACAACACCCAGACCGUUGACCCGUCAGUGUUGACAGGGGAGCAGAUCACAGAGACAGCGCACCUCCUGCCCAUGCUCGGAGUGAGCUUCAUACAGAACCUGAGUCCAUCACAGCUCCUCAACGCUCUGCCCACCAUCAAAUCAGUCACAUUCAGCCCAGCACAGGCCUCUAUAAUUGUAGACAAGCUGUCUUCAGUUAUGAAAAUUAGUUCUCCAGGGAUGCUGCAGCAGCUCGGCUCUCUUGUUGUGGGAGUGAAAAGUGAAUUCCUUUUGACACUGACCUCUGAGAGGCUCCUGUCCUCACUGCCCUCUAUGGCUCAACAGACUCCCAGCUUCAGUCCAGCCCAAUGUAAUGCCAUUGCCACAAAGCUCUGGGGCUUUGCAGACGUGCCCAGCUGGUUGGAUGAAGUGGAGCCUCUGCUCUUCUGCACUCCUUUGGUCAGUGUCCUGGACAGGACCGGCCCGCUGGUCAUUAACCUCACCACAUCAGUUCAAAAGCCCUGGAACACACAACAGGCCCAGGCUAUUUUCAACAAAGUGCUUGAACUGAAGCCAAGGUUAAUCAGAGAAGACUUCCUGAGCCUUGGGACAGCAGGCCAAGGAGUUACCUGUAAAGUUUUACUAGAGCAUCUCAGAGCAAAUCGUUCUCCUUCAUCAGUGAGAAAGAUCCUGCUCUUCCUGCAACAGCAGCACAGUCUUCUUCACACUUCACUGAAAAAAUGUGUGGUUGAUGAGGUGUACCAGUAUGACUUCUUCCCAGAAGUUCUGUCAAAUUUUGGAGCUGAAUUGGCUCUUGCAAUACCAGUGAGCACUGUUAAGAAGUUCUCUGUGGACAUCAUGGACUCUCUCAGAGCUCUGAUCAUCACAGAGCCUCAACAUUUUCUUCUAUUGUCCAGAAAGAAACAGGAUCUUUUGGUGGAUAAAUAGUUCAAAGACUGGUACCUUAUUGCACAAACUAUGUUUUUGACAGUUAAACAAUAUUUGCGUGAUAGUGUAAGUAUGUAUUGCUGUUCUGCAGAGCAUGUACACAGGGGUAUACACUGAGGAGGAGUUUCUCUCCCUGGGGAUUAUGGCUACAUUUGUGACGGAUGAGAUAUUCAUUCAGCUUGACAGAAACUUUUUCAUGGAAAACAUGGAUUUUUUACAGA